CGCGCGCGGCACUGAGAGAGGGCGGGUACACGCGCAACUGAGGAGUACCGCUCCGGCUCAAGUGGAAAUUGGAAAUCUUCAUCUCCUCACCCUCGUUUUGCUGCUAAUCUGCUCGACGGCCAUUCUUGUUUGUUAACCAGACAAACAUCAAGACGAAGAUGGCGGACAGCAAAGUGGAGAGCGGCGGCGAGCUGAGCGCCAAGGAGCUGAAGGAGAAGAAAACGGUGGAGGAGAAGAACGGCGACGACACCACCGCCAAUGGAAAAACUGACGAGGAGAACGGGGAGCAGGACAAUGAGGCGGAGGACGACGACGAUGUGGGAGACGAGGAAGAGGAGGAUGGAGAGGGUGAGGAAGAGGAUGACGAAGACGACGACCUGGUCACACCAACGGGGAAAAGAACAGCCGAGGAUGACGCCGAUGACGAUGAAGAUGACGAGCGCAGAGAUGUGGCUCCCGCAGCAGCUGUUACUGCUGUUGUUGCUGCUUGUCGACACUUCAGAGUCACUCGUCUUGCUGUCUGUUCCGGAGGAGGUUACGCUCCAAGAAGGCACUAGUGGCAACCUGACUAUUGCUUCCAGUGCGGCGCUACCGCAGCCACUGGUCGUCCGUCUGAAUGUCACCUACAGCUCCAAGAGCAACUCGUCAGCCAUCGUCGGGCUGCCGGAGCGGGUGACGCUGCCUGCCGGUGCCACCUCGGUCAAGUUCACGGCAGCGGCCCGCGCAGCUGGACAAGUGACAGCGUACCUGCUGAGCAACAGCACAGACGGCUUCGGCUCGGCACCCCGUCUGCACUUCCUGGUGGUCCGCAGCAACGCCUUGGCGCUGCUCAGCGAGGCCGUGGGCUGGCUCUACUUUCUGGCGUGGUCCGUGUCCUUCUACCCACAAGCCUGGGAGAACUGGAGGCGCAAAAGCGUGGUGGGCCUCAACUUUGACUUCUUGGCACUCAACCUGACGGGCUUCUUUGCCUACAGCGUCUUCAACAUUGGCCUCUUCUGGGCGGGGCCCAUCAAGGAGGAGUACCUGCAGACGAACCCAAACGGCAUCAACCCCGUCAAGGCCAAUGAUGUGUUCUUCAGCCUGCACGCCUUCCUGCUCUGUCUGCUCUUUGUUGGGCAGGCUGCCAUCUACGAGAGGGGGGCCCAGAGGGUGUCAUGGACGGCCCGCCUCCUACUGCUGAUGGGCUGGUCCUUUGCCGGCGCCACCUUCUUCCUGACUCUCUUUGGACGCCUCAGCUGGUUGGACUACCUCUACUUCUUCUCCUACAUCAAGCUGGCCGUCACGCUGGUCAAGUAUGUGCCGCAGGCCUUCAUGAACUACCGGCGGCAGAGCACGGCGGGCUGGAGCAUCGGUACCGUGCUGCUGGAUUUCAGCGGCGGCCUGCUCAGCAUCUCACAGAUGACCUUAGAUUCCUACAACAACGACGAGUGGCGCCUGAUCUUCGGAGACCCCACUAAGUUCGGCCUGGGCUUCUUCUCGGUAGUCUUUGACGUGGUCUUUAUCUUUCAGCAUUACUGCUUGUACCGCUUGCGGUACCAGGAGCUUGGCCGCAGCCAGACGGAGUGAAGCGCUGCCUGCCUGAACUGCAGGGCAGUUGCGCUCGACCGGUCGUUCAUGUUUGGGCAAGGACAUUCUUAAAAUAAAGUCAUCAAUGAUGAGGUUGUUUAUUUUUUAUCUUAAAUUUGGUGGUUCCCC